CCAUGCGGAAUAGUGACCACUCUGAAGACAAACCUACAAACGAAAGAUUAGCCCACGAAAUUACGUUCACGUCAUGUGUAGCGCACACGUUUUCUAGCAUUUGCUACGUGUAGUGCAGUCAAACAUUUUUUAUUGAUUUAUUAGCGUAAAAAGGCGAUGAACAGCGGGCAGUAAUAGCGGCUAGUUAGUUAGCGAUAGCCACACUAUGCUAUCCUUCUAUGGGAUAGCAGUUUAUGGUGAUAUACAUCUGUCUGUGAAGAAAUGCCGCAGUACAUCAGUAUUGUUUGGUCAUGUCCCCCCUGAGCUGCAGAGCAAGUUGUACAUGUGAUUUCACAUGCUUAUUUAUGUUUGGCAGAUGAGUUGAAGACACUCAAUCCUCUGAACCUUUUAAGGCUGAUUUCUUAAUGCAGGACAUCACAUUGCACAAGCAUGCCCAAGAGUAAGAAAGGCGGCAAACCCAAAGCCAGGGUUUUUGACUUGCAAAUGGCCCAGAAUUGCAUAGAGCUGACACCAGAUGGCAAACAGCGCCUCAAUCUCAGUUUCAAGGGAUUCACAAUAGUGCCCGAAUGCAUCGAUAAGCUUUGCCGAAUCGAUGAAAUCCUCCUGAGCCGGAACCUGAUCAAGAAGCUUCCUGACUUUUUUGACGUUUUCAACAACGUCCACAAUUUGGACCUGCACAGCAACUAUCUGGAGGUGCUUCCUCCGUCAAUCGGCCUCCUGAAAAACCUGCUCACUUUAAAUUGCUGCAACAACCGUCUAACGCACGUCCCCAAGGAGAUCGGCCUGCUGCAGAAUCUCCGCACGCUCCACCUGGGUCUCAACAGGCUUCAGACGCUCCCCUCCACCAUCGGGGACUUGAAGGAGCUCACCUACAUCGGCCUCUCCGACAACAAAUUCGCCAAAGUCCCCAAGUGCCUUGCGCAGCUCCAAAAUCUGAAGAAAGCCAACCUGGACAGGAACCCCAUCCCUCCGCCGCAAGUCAUCAAGCCUACCCCUAUCCCAAAGAUGUUUCAUUUAAUCAAGGCAGGCGAUCUAUGUGAUGACUGUCGGAGGAAGUGCCGGACAGAGAGGAAGAAGCUAGCGGAGGCGCUGAACAUGAAGGAACAGCCUUCUGCAGCACAUGUGGCACGUCCGGAAAUUGUUACCUAAAGAUCCGUCUGAGGGGUAAUGGGUUCCCCAAAGGAGCAAUCUGUGUCUUCAAAGAAGUAGCUGUGAUUGGACACAGCUGGAUUGCAAUUCUCUCUUACCAAAGCUGUUGUCAACUUGUGACGUCAGCCUGCAACAUAAGAGAAAAACUGUUUGCGCACCCCAACACAACGUCCAGGUCAGUGCCGCUCCUUGUCAAGGAGCUCUAACCGUUGCCUGAGUAAGUGCAGAACAUUAGACAUUUGCCCUUUUUCUUCCAAUGUUGUUGCUUAUAAUGCUUAUAAUGGAGCAAACUCCCAGCUAAUCUUCACAGCUAUAAUGCAGCAAGUAGGUCUCUGUGAUACAUACCAUUAACCAAUGAUGAUGCUUUUCUAUGACACUCACAGGGAGCAUAAAUUCAAUUAUAAUCUAUGCGUCGCCACUAGAGGGCUGCAAAGACUGCUGGUGAACACAAUGACUUUCUAAUAAA